AUGCCGACCUUUAAUCCCUUCUCCUCCGUCACCGGACGUAAUAGCUACAGCCUCUUUGACAUACGCCUCGACCAGGACUUUAUCGUCUUUCGCGGCAAUGACCAUGAAUCUGCUGGCCAGCUUCUCAAGGGCGUUGUCGUUCUCUGCCUAUCACAGCCCCUGCGCAUCGAGGACAUACACUUGCGUCUGACAGGAACACACCGUGUCUCUUGGGCCGACCCCCGAUCUAGCACUCCGGCCGUCGCCGGCCAAAAGGUGGACAAGACAACCUUGAUUCUCGAUCACAGAUGGGCUCCCUUUGUCGGUACACACGGAAAGAGCAUGACUUUACCCGCCGGCAACUACGAGUACCCCUUCGACUUUACCCUCCCCGGUGACACGUCGGAAAGCGUCGAGGGUAUCCCCGAAGCGUCGAUUACAUAUCGUCUCAAAGCGACCGUCAGCCGCAGCAAGCUUGCCUAUGACUUACACGCCUACAAACACCUUCGCAUUAUUCGUACGCUCGAAGCUGGCGCCCUCGAAUUUCUUCAUGCCAUGAGCGUAGAAAACAUUUGGCCCAACAAGCUGGAAUACUCUGUUGUUAUUCCCCAAAAGGCUGUCGUCUUCGGGGGCGUUGUCGACAUGGAAAUGCGAUUCACGCCCCUGCUCAAAGGUCUUGAGCUGGGUGAAGUGACAGCCAAGAUGAUUGAAACCCGUGAAUGUGUCAUUCAGGGCUCUACUGGUAUCAACAUUCGCGAGCACAAGACGGAGCGCGACGUAGCGACAUGGAAAUUCCAAGUGACGCGCGAGGAGCAUUGGCAUGAUAUGAUUGAGGAGACUGGGCAAGAGGGCUGGGCUCUUACCAAACAAUUGAGCCUGCCUAAAAAGCUGCGCCAAUGCAUACAGGACCUGAACCACCACGGCAUCAAGGUGCGACACAAAAUUAAGCUGACGGUAGCCCUCAAGAAUCCCGACGGCCACAUUUCAGAGCUCCGUGCCACACUCCCGGUUUCCAUUUUCAUCUCACCCAACAUUCCCUUUAAUGAGCAGGGCGACAUGGUCAACCAAGCUCCUGGCGAGGCAGGUGUUCGCCAGCAAUCAGCUGGUGCUGCUCCUCCCGGCUACGGCGAGCAUAUUCUUGACCAGCUGUAUGAAGAUAUGGACACCAGCGGCUUCCAGACGCCAGCUCUGCAGUCAGGCGUUAGUAGUCCGUUUUACGCGCAAUCGCGCAGCGGCUCUGCGGAAAAUCUGCAUUUAAUUGGAGGAUACAUGUCGCCCAUUGCGCCCGCCGCACUGUCCUCGCGACUGGCCGAUGUCUCGUUGGAUCCGUCGCAGCGUAGCACAUCAUAUUACUCGCUCAACUCGCUUUCAGGGCGCGUUUCUCCCAAUCACGGCACCGGCACCGGCACCGGAACCGGCUCGGCGGCACGAUCGGAACCACCGUCGAAUAACCUGACGCGCAGCAACAGUGAAGAGGAUGGUUCUGAUCGGGCAUCCACAGAGCACGUACACCUUGACCCUGAGGAGUUUGCCGAGCUCAAUCGCGUGCCCAGCUAUGCGACAGCGGUGCGUACGCCGGCCCGCUCACGCGUGCAAACGCCUGGGGGGCCUGUUCCAGACUACCAAACGGCGCUCAGCGCCCCUCGCACGCCGCCAGUGAGCGACGGUGUCCACGAGAUUCUGUCGCCCAUUACCGAACGUACUCCUGAAGAGUACAAUAUGCAGCGCCCAGAGAUGACGAGAAACGCUUCGGGCAUCAACGGCCGUGUGCCGCUUUCUGCCUAG